GGUUCCAGCGUGAACCCCUGAAUCCCAGGUGGUGGCGCUAAUUCGACAACUGUGGUUCUCACUUACCAACAAAGUGGAGAAGCAAAAGAUCGGCUUGGUCGUCCGUACCUCCUUCUGGGCGCUGCUGGAGCGAGAGAAAGCCCGUGAAACCAGAAGCUGCGCUGCUGAAGAAAUGAUGUCCUGUUACAAGUCCUCUGCGUGUAGUGCCCACUUUCCUGCACAGUUUAAAUUUACCUCUACAAACACAUGAUGUCAGCAUGUCACCAGGAAGACACUUUCUCCGCAGAAACCAAGAUAGAUUAAAUAUGCACAUAUGGAGACCAGAAGCUCCAGCACUCGGCAGAGUUCCUCUGGUACUCCGCAAAUGUCCGAUGAUGCAGGCCCACACAGUCACUUCUCUGAAUGUGAGAAGAGUUUUACUCUACAAACUCAUCUGAAAAUACAGCAGCGCGUUCACACAGGAGAGAAGCUGUACCACUGUUCGGAGUGUUUGAAGACGUUCACCCAACAAGGUAGUCUCCAGCGUCACUGGCGCAUCCAUACAGGGGAGAAGCCGUAUUACUGCGCGGUGUGUGGAAAAAGCUUUGCUCAACAGGGCACUCUCCAGCGGCACCAGCGCAUUCACACAGCAGAGAAACAACACUGCUGUUCAGAGUGUGGGAAAAGUUUUAGAUGCAGCGAUGAUCUCAGAAUACAUCAGCGGAUCCACACGGGAGAGAAACCGUAUCGCUGUGCCGAGUGCGGGAGUAGUUUCACGAGACGGAGCAGUCUCCAACUACACCGGCGCAUUCACACAGCAGAGAAAUGGUACUACUGCUCAGAGUGCAUGAAGAGUUUCACUCAGCUGAGUAGUCUUCAACGACACCAACGCAUUCACACAGGAGAGAAACCACACUGCUGUUCGGAGUGUGGGAAGAGGUUUCGAUUCAGUGUCGAUUUCAAAAUACACCAACGUUUUCACACUGGAGAGAGGCCAUAUCACUGCUCAGAGUGUGGGAAGAGUUUUACUCUACAGAGUAUUUUACAAAAACACCAGCGCAUUCACACAGGAGAGAAACCGUAUUACUGCUCAGAGUGUGGGGACAGCUUUACUCUACAGGCUCAUCUUCAGCGACACCAGCGCAUUCACACCGGAGAGAAGCCGUAUCAGUGCUCGGAGUGUGGGAAAAGUUUUAGAGACAAAGGAAAUCUCCAACGACACCAGCGUAUUCACACAGGAGAGAAGCCGUACCAGUGCUCGGAGUGUGAAAGGAGUUUUAGAGAUGGAGGAACCCUCAAAAAACAUCAACUGAUUCACUCGAAGGAGAAACCAUAUCACUGCUCAGACUGUGGGAAGAGAUUCAGGCAUUCAAAUACUUUAAAGAUACAUAAAUGUAGAGCAAAAAGAAGCUCCGGUACUGGUGCAGGCAAAGAGACCCGCUGCUCAGACUGUGGGAAGCAAUUUGCUCUGCAGGGUUAUCUCAGAAUACACCAGCGCAUUCACACAGGAGACAAACCGUAUCCUUGUUUAGAUUGUGGAAAGUGCUUUAUUCAGCAGAGUCAUCUCCAGCGACACCAGCGCAUUCACACAGGAGACAAACCCCACUGUUGUUCAGAGUGUGGGAAGAGCUUUAGAGACAGUCGUGAUCUUAUAAGUCACACACCGGAGAGAAACCAUAUCACUGCUCAGAGUGGCCUGGAGAUCUACCACCCUGGAGAGAUUAAACCCAGCUCCCCUGGCUCUAAUGUUCAGAUGCCCCAAAAGACUUUCCUUAUCUGGUUCAGCUCCUCUUCUGGACGACUAGCCAGUCGUGGCGCAGGAGGCGGGGUUUGUCGGAAUAUGGGUGGGGCUGAAGCUGGCGCCCCCGGAUCUCGUGGUGGCGCCAGUUCCCUCUCCCGUUCCUUCAGCGUGGAGAACAAGAUGUGCUCAGUAGCGCUGGCUGGAGCUGCAGGGCUGAAGAAGAGAACGAUGUCUUGUUGCAAGUCAUCUCCUGCUCCUGCUGUCCGCUAUCCUUCAGAACUCGAAUUAACUUGCACAAACGCAUCAGAAUAUGGCCAUGAGAAUAAGUCAGUGCUGAAAUCGGGUGAGAUUAAAACUGAAGAUAUGGCAUCCAGAAUGCGCUCCAUUACUGAGCAGAUGUCCUCUGGUGUUUUUCACACUGAUGUGCUUCAGAGACAAAGGCAGUUGAAUGCAGGCAAGGAGAGAACUCAUCGCUGUUCAGAGUGUGGAAAGGGUUUUACUCUUCAGUACAACCUCCAACGACACAAGCGUCUUCACACAGAGAAACCGUACUACUGCUCUGUGUGUGGGAAGAAUUUUACUCUUCAGAAUAGUCUCCACAUACACCAGCGCGUUCACACGGGAGAGCUGCCGUAUGACUGUCCGGAGUGCGGGAAACGAUUUAAUCAGCACACCAGUCUUCGCAUCCAUCAGCGCAUUCACACUGGCGAGAGGCCGUAUUCCUGCUCGGCGUGUGGGAAAUGUUUUAAUCAGCGGACUAGUCUUCGGAUACACCGGCGCAUUCACACAAGCGAGAAGCCGUAUGACUGCUCAACGUGUGGAAAGAGUUUUAGUCAACAGGGUCAUCUCCGGCUACACCAACGGAUUCACACGGGAGAGAAACCGUAUCAGUGCCCAGAGUGCGGAAAGAGCUUCAACCAGCAGAGUCACCUGCAUGUACACCUGCAGAUUCACGUAGGAGAGAAACAGUAUCACUGCUCAGAGUGCGGGAAGAACUUUAACCGACAGACGAAUCUCCGAAGACACCAGCGCAUUCAUACCGGAGAGAUGCCGUAUUACUGCUCCGAAUGUGGGCGCAACUUCAGGCAUUCAAGUACUUUAAAGUCACACAAGUGUGUGAAAAAGGAGGAAGAAGCCUGUGAUGUGUGUUUGUCGACGUGAUUUUACUCUACCGUUUUCUUCAGGUUAACAUGAAAAGAUCUGUUUGUCAGUUAUUUUGUUAAACAACUUGUAAUGAAGGUACUUGUUCAAAA